GAAAUGCGGCAUGUAAGGUGUGUGGUGGUGGGUGACAGUGCAGUAGGAAAGACCUAUCUACUCUACACCUACAUCAAGAAGAGCUUCCCUAAGGACUACAUAUCAGGUUUCCAUGACACAUACAGUACCCAGAUCAAUGUAGAUGGCCAGACUGUCAGCCUAGACCUUUCGGACACCGCUGGCAGAGAGGAAUAUGACCGUAUACGCCCCCUCUGCUAUAACCAAGUCACUGUCAUCAUCAUCUGCUUCUCCAUUGCUAGCCCAUCAUCCUUUGAGAAUGUCAAGCUCAAGUGGCUCCCAGAGGUUAAACACUAUUGCCCUAAUGUGCCUAUUCUCCUUGUGGGAACUAAGAGUGACCUACGUGAUGAUCAGGAGGUCAUGGAAAAACUGAGAGAGCAGAAUCUAACCACUGUCGACCAGCAGCAGGGAACAACCAUGGCCAGACAGAUAAAGGCUGUUAAAUACCUUGAGUGUGCUUCAAUCAACCAGGAUAGACUGGAUGAGGUGUUUGAUGAGGCAGUGCGUGCUUCUAUCAGUCAUUCAACCACCACCAAGAAACCAUGUGCACUGUUGUGAGUUAAUGUUUUUAGGUUUAGA